CUGAAAACAGACCCGGUCGAGUUAGCGAGCUGCAAGCUACCUGAGGGUUCAAAAACCGACGUGUUAGAUCAUCGCAUUUUUAGCAAUUAACCCAAGAUAAAUAAUAAUAUUUAUCUUUUAAAGAAUGGGAACCAGAGAUGAUGAGUAUGAUUACCUGUUUAAAGUCGUUCUCAUAGGAGACUCAGGCGUGGGCAAGAGUAACCUGCUGUCUCGUUUCACCCGAAAUGAGUUUAACCUGGAGAGCAAAAGCACAAUCGGGGUGGAGUUCGCCACCCGCAGUAUCCAGGUGGACGGGAAGACCGUGAAGGCUCAGAUCUGGGAUACAGCAGGACAGGAGCGCUACCGGGCUAUCACCUCAGCGUACUACAGAGGAGCGGUGGGGGCUCUGCUGGUGUACGACAUCGCCAAGCACCUGACGUAUGAGAACGUGGAGCGCUGGCUGAAGGAGCUCCGGGACCACGCCGACAGCAACAUCGUCAUUAUGCUGGUGGGCAACAAGAGCGACCUGCGCCACCUCAGGGCCGUGCCAACCGACGAGGCACGGGCAUUCGCAGAGAAAAAUGGAUUGUCUUUCCUUGAAACGUCAGCUUUGGAUUCUACCAACGUUGAGACUGCUUUCCAGAGCAUUCUGACAGAAAUUUACCGUAUCGUCUCGCAGAAGCAGAUGUCAGAGCGCCAGGAGAGCGACAUGUCUCCUAGCAACAACGUGGUGAACAUCCAGGUGCAGCCCACUGAAAACAAACCAAAGAUGCAGUGCUGUCAGAACAUCUAGCCCCGCCCACGUUACACCCCCCCCCCCUCCCCGACCCACUUCGGGGUGGGGGGGGGGGUUAAUACCAAUUUGACUGUUCACGUUGAAGCUCCUCCUUGAUGGGUGCAUGCAUUUCAGCUCGCCCCAGGUGGGUGGAUGUUUCGUCGAAGGCAACAGUCUUGGUUGUGCAGAUUUGACCCACCUGGAACCCAGAGUGAGGUUAAAUAAACACACCCACUUUCCCUCGUAGUCUUGUAGUCCCCCCUCCCGUCUCCCCCUCCCUUACUGGUCGGGAUUCAGGAAGUGUAGUCAACGUCUUGAGUAGGAUGUUCUCUAGCUGAGCCUUUUCAGCCAAUGGCAGGAAGGCAUUUCUCUCACUUAGAUUUAAUACUGUUAAUGCGCUGACAUGACUAACAUUCUCCACAGUAAUGUCUUAAUAUAUGAAUGUUAUUUCUUUUCUUCGUCCUUUCCUUUCAUUUAAGACAUCUAGCGUGUAUCCUUUUGAUUUUUACUUGUCUUUUUUAUUCACAUUUAUUUUUCAGAAUAUUUAAUCAUAUUUACCACUAAUGUGUAUGCGUUUAAAGCACACUGAGAAUGUUCUCUGUUUCUGUCUAUGAUCUCCUCCCAACAUUCUAGCUCGCUCUCUCUCUCCCUCUCUAUUUAAAGCAAUGCAAUGUUUCAGAAUGGUAGGUUUCAAAUGUGGAAGUAUCAAGAAUAGUAUACUAGAUAGUGUGUGUGUGUGUGUGUGUGUGUGUGUGUGUGUGCCUCCUUAGGGGUAGGUAGUCUCGGACAGUUCACCUGAUUGCUGCAAAGCGCAAAGUUCUAGGAUAGGAUCUGUGCGCUAGUGGCUCCAACCAUACAAACGACAGGGCAACAAAACUCCUCAGCAAUUUAGAGAAAGUCCAGCUUCAUAAAACGCUUAAACAGUGUCCCACACGGCUCCCAGUUACAUCUAUAGUGUAUUGUAUGCUUGGGGGCUUUUGGUCAAAUGUGGUGCCCUAUGUAGGAAAUAGAGGUGUCACUUUGUUCACAGUCUGCGUUGCGGCAGGUCAGUUUCGUGUUAUGACGAUGGGUGGCACUGACGUCGUACUUGUUUUCGACGUGGUUCCCAAGGUGAUGGCAUGUUGUCCGAAAUCUCGGGAAAGAAUGCAGGACGCUACCGUUGGAUGGACAGCGACUGAGUGAAUGUGACGGGUUGUCCGUGAACUCUGUUGGAUGAAUUAGGACUGAUUUAAUGACUUCGUAGUUGAAGUCUGGGUUGGGCUCAGUUCCUGUCUGUUCAGAAAGAAACUAAAUUGCAAUUCCACGUUUCCUCAUUUGUGUAAUUAGAAUUGAACCCUGCUCUCAGUUAAAUUUAGAUUUGUGCUUCCUAGUUGCGGGUUAACCGUACUGUCGUCUAAUGAUACUCUGGAGUCUUAAGACAAGCUUUUUUUGUCUCACUAACCAACAAAAGUUUUACAUAUUUUUUCUUUUAAGUAGCCUUACGGCUUCAAUCCUGAAUAUGCAUAUGCGCCUUUAGCGUUAAAUUGAUGCCUCUGCGUAUGUUAACGCUUUUGACAUUUCAAACUGAAAGUAACGUAACGGUGACAGAAUUCCGGGACCGUUCAACAUCAGUCAAGGUGAAAAUGUACCUGUGUAUUACUGGGGUUAUGCAGGGUUGUGUUCAUUUUCAAAUCAAAUCUAAUCGGUUUGCAUUCGUGUCAAACUUUCGGUUUGGUUAAAUCGAUCCAUUGACGGCGUUGCGUUACUAAAAGGCUAUCUGCCCAUCGCACUCUCAGUGCCUCUAGCUAUGACCCCAGACUACAAUCCUAAUGUAAACAUGAAAUAUACAGUACCUACGUAAGGGCCAACUAGCCCCCAUAUGCCCACUACGCCCCACCAUUUUACCCCACAUGCUCUACCACAUACCGUUCCUGCCAGCUGACGCCACUGCUAGUCGAGGACAAAACGGGGCUAGCUGGCUCUCGGUAACAUCGGACCGACCUGGGUCUAAUACGUAAAACUGCUUGAGAAUUGCUUGAUGUCAUUAGGCCCAAAAAGUCGUCAGCAAUUAUAAAAUAACAAAAAAAUUAGUUUGCCAAGCUAAAUUGUAUGCUCACAUUUAUGUCAAUAUUUUACAAAGUAUGUUUGGCUGACCCGGUUCUGGUUCCCUCGCGUUGUCCAAUGUUGUCCAGAAUCACGUUGAAGCCUGUAUUCACCAAGCGGCCUCUUUAUUCUACACAUUGCAUGGCUUUCUACGUCAUGAAUCUCGCCCCAGCGACAGUUAUUAUUGAUAUUAUUAUGCCUUACGUAUAUAGCUGGGUCAUUAUUAGCGUUAUAUGUAAAAAAAAAAAUCUGUUCGGCUACUGUCUGCAUGUUCAGUGUAUUACCCCUACAUGUAUAUAAUAUUCUACAGCUAUGAGGCAAACCACCCGCUGGGCUGGGUUUCCCUCAACUCUCGGGUUGCUCGUUCAAUCUCCGCUGAACGUGAGAACAUUGCCUUUUAAUUGGGGCGCUGUCUACGGGUGUGGUCGCAGCCACCAGCUGGGGGACAGUGAUGUCAGUUGAGUGUAACCCUAGGCCCGAUCGCCAUGCACCAGACCGUUCACACACUGACGCUGUCAGCCAGAUGACGUGCUUAACAAGUCCCCACACUGGGCCACGUAUGGAGUGACGUUACUGACACCAGAAACCCAAUAAAGACUAGGUUUCUGAAUUCAAAUGUUCACGGCAGCACUAAUCUCCCUCCAUAGCUUUCGCACUUGGUUCCACUGAUCUGUCGCUGAACCAUCACGCUGGACGUGUCCGUGAAUCACACUGCUGAUGGUGCAGCGUCAUUCUGGUUGAACCAUGCUGAGUGAUGCGUUCAGUGCGGAAAACAACGGUUGAACGUAAAUGACACGAAAUCUGUCGGGAUUCCAGGUUAAUUAUUACAGCGUGCGUUCUGUUGAACUCUGAUCUAGGCCGUAUCUGUAUUUGUGUGUUGUGGAUAUUAUUAUGACAGGAAAUCUAGAGCUUCGGUCCACUGUCACAAUGUGUUCACGUGUGUCUGUGUAUGUGUAUGUGUGUGUGUGUGUGUGUGUGUGUGUGUGUGUGUCUGUGUCUGUGUCUGUGUUUGUGUGUGUGUGUGUGUGUGUGUGUGUGUGUGUGUGUGUGUGUGUGUGUGUGCGUGCGUGAUAAGGAAUGUGUGACUCUGUCUGACGGUAUCAAUGGCGUUCUCUAACAGACGGUAUUGUCAUGCUGUGUCUCACAACCUGGGCUCCAUCUUAAGUAGUGAACUAGAUAGUAAAUAGGAUGCCAUCAAAAGAGGUUCAGAAGAUGGGCCGGUCUGCAGGGGCCGGUCUGCAGGGGCCGGUCUGCAGGGGCCGGUCUGCAGGGGCCGGCCCGCGGGUAUGUAGGAAGUGAUUGUUUUUGUCUUUGUUUUUUAAAAAACGAUUUUAAGUCGUCUCACAUAUACCUCUAUCGUUUUACUUUUGAUAUGUUAUGAACUCUUUUUUUGGCUCAUGAUUUUUUUUUUCUCUUUGUUUUUAAUUAAAUGCUGUCACUGAUUGUAAUUUCAUUGUAAAACGUGUGAAACUAUGCCAUUUCAAUGAUUUUGGAGUAUUACGUGUGGGUGGUUGUUUAGGACUGGGGAGGAGGGGUGUGGAGUUGGGUGGAGUUGAAUCAGAUAGGUUUAUGUUUUGUACAGAUUGAUAAAUUGUACAAUUUUGUUUAUAUCUUAAGUUAUCAAUUCAUCUUAAUAAAGCGCACCAGUUAUAAACCUUUCA